AUGUACGUGUGGGAGCAGCAGGAGGUGGGGGUCAGAGCAGCAGGAGGUGGGGGUCAGAGCAGCAGGAGGUGGGGGUCAGAGCAGCAGGAGGUGGGGGUCAGAGCAGCAGGAGGUGGGGGUCAGAGCAGCAGGAGGUGGGGGUCAGAGCAGCAGGAGGCGGGGGCCAGAGCAGCAGGAGGCGGGGGUCAGAGCAGCAGGAGGUGGGGAUCAGAGCAGCAGGAGGUGGGGGUCAGAGCAGCAGGAGGUGGGGGUCAGAGCAGCAGGAGGUGGGGGUCAGAGCAGCAGGAGGUGAGGGGUCAGAGCAGCAGGAGGUGGGGGUCAGAGCAGCAGGAGGUGGGGGUCAGAGCAGCAGGAGGUGGGGGUCAGAGCAGCAGGAGGUGGGGGCCAGAGCAGCAGGAGGUGGGGGUCAGAGCCGAGGGGGCAGCAGGAGGUGGGGUCAGAGCAGCAGGAGGCGGGGGUCAGAGCAGCAGGAGGCGGGGGCCAGAGCAGCAGGAGGUGGGGGUCAGAGCAGCAGGAGGGUGGGGUCAGAGCAGCAGGAGGUGGGGGUCAGAGCAGCAGGAGGUGGGGGUCAGAGCAGCAGGAGGUGGGGGUCAGAGCAGCAGGAGGUGGGGGUCAGAGCAGCAGGAGGUGGGGGUCAGAGCAGCAGGAGGUGGGGUCAGAGCAGCAGGAGGUGGGGGUCAGAGCAGCAGGAGGUGGGGGUCAGAGCAGCAGGAGGUGGGGGUCAGAGCAGCAGGAGGCGGGGGCCAGAGCAGCAGGAGGUGGGGGUCAGAGCAGCAGGAGGUGGGGGUCAGAGCAGCAGGAGGUGGGGGGUCAGAGCAGCAGGAGGUGGGGGUCAGAGCAGCAGGAGGUGGGGGUCAGAGCAGCAGGAGGUGGGGGUCAGAGCAGCAGGAGGUGGGGGUCAGAGCAGCAGGAGGUGGGGGUCAGAGCAGCAGGAGGCGGGGGCCAGAGCAGCAGGAGGUGGGGGUCAGAGCAGCAGGAGGUGGGGGUCAGAGCAGCAGGAGGUGGGGGUCAGAGCAGCAGGAGGCGGGGGUCAGAGCAGCAGGAGGUGGGGGUCAGAGCAGCAGGAGGGGGGGUCAGAGCAGCAGGAGGUGGGGGUCAGAGCAGCAGGAGGUGGGGGUCAGAGCAGCAGGAGGUGGGGGUCAGAGCAGCAGGAGGGGGGGUCAGAGCAGCAGGAGGUGGGGUCAGAGCAGCAGGAGGUGGGGGUCAGAGCAGCAGGAGGUGGGGGUCAGAGCAGCAGGAGGUGGGGGUCAGAGCAGCAGGAGGUGGGGGUCAGAGCAGCAGGAGGUGGGGGUCAGAGCAGCAGGAGGGGGGGCCAGAGCAGCAGGAGGUGGGGGUCAGAGCAGCAGGAGGUGGGGGUCAGAGCAGCAGGAGGUGGGGGUCAGAGCAGCAGGAGGUGGGGGUCAGCAGCAGCAGGAGGUGGGGGUAGAGCAGCAGGAGGUGGGGGUCAGAGCAGCAGGAGGCGGGGGUCAGAGCAGCAGGAGGCGGGGGUCAGAGCAGCAGGAGGUGGGGGUCAGAGCAGCAGGAGGUGGGGGUCAGAGCAGCAGGAGGUGGGGGUCAGAGCAGCAGGAGGUGGGGGUCAGAGCAGCAGGAGGUGGGGGUCAGAGCAGCAGGAGGUGGGGGUCAGAGCAGCAGGAGGUGGGGGUCAGAGCAGCAGGAGGUGGGGGUCAGAGCAGCAGGAGGUGGGGGUCAGAGCAGCAGGAGGUGGGGGUCAGAGCAGCAGGAGGUGGGGGUCAGAGCAGCAGGAGGGGGGGUCAGAGCAGCAGGAGGUGGGGGUCAGAGCAGCAGGAGGUGGGGGUCAGAGCAGCAGGAGGUGGGGGUCAGAGCAGCAGGAGGUGGGGGUCAGAGCAGCAGGAGGUGGGGCAGAGCAGCAGGAGGUGGGGGUCAGAGCAGCAGGAGGUGGGGGUCAGAGCAGCAGGAGGUGGGGGUCAGAGCAGCAGGAGGUGGGGGUCAGAGCAGCAGGAGGUGGGGGUCAGAGCAGCAGGAGCUCUGGACCGGGCUCUGUCCCGCAGGACCAGAGGGACCGGGCUCUGUCCCGCAGGACCACAGGGACCGUGCUCUGUCCCGCAGGACCAGAGGGACCGGGCUCUGUCCCGCAGGACCACAGGGACCGGGCUCUGUCCCGCAGGACCAGAGGGACCGGGCUCUGUCCCGCAGGACCAGAGGGACCGGGCUCUGUCCCGCAGGACCACAGGGACCGGGCUCUGUCCCGCAGGACCACAGGGACCGGGCUCUGUCCCGCAGGACCACAGGGACCGUGCUCUGUCCCGCAGGACCAGAGGGACCGGGCUCUGUCCCGCAGGACCAGAGGGACCGGGCUCUGUCCCGCAGGACCACAGGGACCGUGCUCUGUCCCGCAGGACCACAGGGACCGGGCUCUGUCCCGCAGGACCAGAGGGACCGGGCUCUGUCCCGCAGGACCAGAGGGACCGGGCUCUGUCCCGCAGGACCACAGGGACCGGGCUCUGUCCCGCAGGACCAGAGGGACCGGGCUCUGUCCCGCAGGACCAGAGGGACCGGGCUCUGUCCCGCAGGACCACAGGGACCGGGCUCUGUCCCGCAGGACCACAGGGACCGGGCUCUGUCCCGCAGGACCACAGGGACCGGGCUCUGUCCCGCAGGACCACAGGGACCGGGCUCUGUCCCGCAGGACCACAGGGACCGGGCUCUGUCCCCCAGGACCACAGGGACCGGGCUCUGUCCCCCAGGACCACAGGGACCGGGCUCUGUCCCCCAGGACCACAGGGACCGGGCUCUGUCCCCCAGGACCACAGGGACCGGGCUCUGUCCCCCAGGACCACAGGGACCGGGCUCUGUCCCCCAGGACCACAGGGACCGGGCUCUGUCCCCCAGGACCACAGGGACCGGGCUCUGUCCCGCAGGACCACAGGGACCGGGCUCUGUCCCGCAGGACCACAGGGACCGGGCUCUGUCCCCCAGGACCAGAGGGACCGGGCUCUGUCACCCAGGACCACAGGGACCGGGCUCUGUCCUGCAGGACCACAGGGACCGGGCUCUGUCCCGCAGGACCACAGGGACCGGGCUCUGUCCCGCAGGACCACAGGGACCGGGCUCUUUCCGUCCCGCAGGACCACAGGGACCGGGCUCUGUCCCCCAGGACCACAGGGACCGUGCUCUGUCCCCCAGGACCACAGGGACCGGGCUCUGUCCCCCAGGACCACAGGGACCGGGCUCUGUCCCGCAGGACCACAGGGACCGGGCUCUGUCCCCCAGGACCACAGGGACCGGGCUCUGUCCCCCAGGACCACAGGGACCGGGCUCUGUCCUGCAGGACCACAGGGACCGGGCUCUGUCCCGCAGGACCAGAGGGACCGGGCUCUGUCCCCCAGGACCACAGGGACCGGGCUCUGUCACCCAGGACCACAGGGACCGGGCUCUGUCACCCAGGACCACAGGGACCGGGCUCUGUCACCCAGGACCACAGGGACCGGGCUCUGUCCAGCAGGACCACAGGGACCGGGCUCUGUCCCGCAGGACCACAGGGACCGGGCUCUGUCCCGCAGGACCACAGGGACCGGGCUCUGUCCCGCAGGACCAGAGGGACCGGGCUCUGUCACCCAGGACCACAGGGACCGGGCUCUGUCACCCAGGACCACAGGGACCGGGCUCUGUCACCCAGGACCACAGGGACCGGGCUCUGUCCUGCAGGACCACAGGGACCGGGCUCUGUCCCGCAGGACCACAGGGACCGGGCUCUGUCCCGCAGGACCACAGGGACCGGGCUCUGUCCCGCAGGACCACAGGGACCGGGCUCUGUCCCGCAGGACCACAGGGACCGGGCUCUGUCCGUCCCGCAGGACCACAGGGACCGGGCUCUGUCCCGCAGGACCACAGGGACCGGGCUCUGUCCUGCAGGACCACAGGGACCGGGCUCUGUCCCGCAGGACCACAGGGACCGGGCUCUGUCCCGCAGGACCACAGGGACCGGGCUCUGUCCCGCAGGACCACAGGGACCGGGCUCUGUCCGUCCCGCAGGACCAGAGGGACCGGGCUCUGUCCCGCAGGACCACAGGGACCGGGCUCUGUCCUGCAGGACCACAGGGACCGGGCUCUGUCCCGCAGGACCACAGGGACCGGGCUCUGUCCGUCCCGCAGGACCACAGGGACCGGGCUCUGUCCCGCAGGACCACAGGGACCGGGCUCUGUCCCGCAGGACCACAGGGACCGGGCUCUGUCCCGCAGGACCACAGGGACCGUGCUCUGUCCCGCAGGACCAGAGGGACCGGGCUCUGUCCCCCAGGACCACAGGGACCGGGCUCUGUCCCGCAGGACCAGAGGGACCGGGCUCUGUCCCCCAGGACCACAGGGACCGGGCUCUGUCCUGCAGGACCACAGGGACCGGGCUCUGUCCCGCAGGACCACAGGGACCGGGCUCUGUCCCGCAGGACCACAGGGACCGGGCUCUGUCCCGCAGGACCACAGGGACCGGGCUCUGUCCCGCAGGACCACAGGGACCGGGCUCUGUCCGUCCCGCAGGACCAGAGGGACCGGGCUCUGUCCCGCAGGACCACAGGGACCGGGCUCUGUCCUGCAGGACCACAGGGACCGGGCUCUGUCCCGCAGGACCACAGGGACCGGGCUCUGUCCCCCAGGACCACAGGGACCGGGCUCUGUCCCGCAGGACCACAGGGACCGGGCUCUGUCCCGCAGGACCACAGGGACCGGGCUCUGUCCCGCAGGACCACAGGGACCGUGCUCUGUCCCGCAGGACCACAGGGACCGGGCUCUGUCCCCCAGGACCACAGGGACCGGGCUCUGUCCCGCAGGACCACAGGGACCGGGCUCUGUCCCCCAGGACCACAGGGACCGGGCUCUGUCCCGCAGGACCACAGGGACCGGGCUCUGUCCCCCAGGACCACAGGGACCGGGCUCUGUCCCGCAGGACCACAGGGACCGGGCUCUGUCCCGCAGGACCACAGGGACCGGGCUCUGUCCGUCCCGCAGGACCACAGGGACCGGGCUCUGUCCCCCAGGACCACAGGGACCGGGCUCUGUCCCGCAGGACCACAGGGACCGGGCUCUGUCCCCCAGGACCACAGGGACCGGGCUCUGUCCCCCAGGACCACAGGGACCGGGCUCUGUCCGCAGGACCACAGGGACCGGGCUCUGUCCCGCAGGACCACAGGGACCGGGCUCUGUCCCGCAGGACCACAGGGACCGGGCUCUGUCCCGCAGGACCACAGGGACCGUGCUCUGUCCCGCAGGACCACAGGGACCGGGCUCUGUCCCCCAGGACCACAGGGACCGGGCUCUGUCCCGCAGGACCACAGGGACCGGGCUCUGUCCCCCAGGACCACAGGGACCGGGCUCUGUCCCGCAGGACCACAGGGACCGGGCUCUGUCCCCCAGGACCACAGGGACCGGGCUCUGUCCCGCAGGACCACAGGGACCGGGCUCUGUCCCGCAGGACCACAGGGACCGGGCUCUGUCCGUCCCGCAGGACCACAGGGACCGGGCUCUGUCCCCCAGGACCACAGGGACCGGGCUCUGUCCCGCAGGACCACAGGGACCGGGCUCUGUCCCCCAGGACCACAGGGACCGGGCUCUGUCCCCCAGGACCACAGGGACCGGGCUCUGUCCCGCAGGACCACAGGGACCGGGCUCUGUCCCCCAGGACCACAGGGACCGGGCUCUGUCCCCCAGGACCACAGGGACCGGGCUCUGUCCCGCAGGACCACGGGGACCGGGCUCUGUCCCGCAGGACCACAGGGACCGGGCUCUGUCCCGCAGGACCACAGGGACCGGGCUCUGUCCCGCAGGACCACAGGGACCGGGCUCUGUCCCCCAGGACCACAGGGACCGGGCUCUGUCCCGCAGGACCACAGGGACCGGGCUCUGUCCCCCAGGACCACAGGGACCGGGCUCUGUCCCCCAGGACCACAGGGACCGGGCUCUGUCCCGCAGGACCAGAGGGACCGGGCUCUGUCCCGCAGGACCAGAGGGACCGGGCUCUGUCCCCCAGGACCACAGGGACCGGGCUCUGUCCCGCAGGACCAGAGGGACCGGGCUCUGUCCCGCAGGACCAGAGGGACCGGGCUCUGUCCCCCAGGACCACAGGGACCGGGCUCUGUCCCCCAGGACCACAGGGACCGGGCUCUGUCUGCUGCCAUAAUGAACCAUGAAAACCAAUGUUAUCCAAAGGCAAAUCACGGCAGUGUCAUAAAAAGCAGAGAAACAAAAACAUGA